CGAUAUCUUCAUGAAAAAUCUAGUGCAUUCAUGAGUUCUCUUUUUACAUUAAUUACAUCACGAGAGCUUCCAUGGUCCAUACGCAUUUACUCUUGCAACUCCACAGAAGCCAAUGAGAAACAGUAUAAAUUAGGAAGUGGGGUGCUUACGUGAAUAAUUCACAUGAGAUUGCCUUCAACCUGUUCGUCACUUGGUUUCUAGCUAAUUGCCAAUCACUAAGGACUACUUACAAAGUUUCUUGCUUCAGUUCUACUGCUUCAGCAAUAUUCAAGAUCACUCGGCAAAGUUGUUCAAUUGGGCUGCUAAUUCCAUUUGUCCGCCAUGGCACCCAACGGAGAAACGUUCGUAGGUUCCUACUCAAGGUGCAACAACUUCAGCAAACCACCUAGGCUCUCAAAUGACAGCCUUCACAGGACAGUUUCUGACCUUUCCUUCGAAUUCAGCACAGACGCCAUGGAUGUAAAGCUUCCACCCAUUUCCGAAGUGGAGGAUGCAAAGUGCGAGUGCUGCGGCAUGUCUGAAGAGUGUACACCCCAGUACAUUCAGCGGGUGCGUGACAAGUUCUCUGGGAAAUGGAUAUGUGGGUUGUGCUCUGAGGCAGUGAAGGAAGAAGUGCAGAAGAAUGGAGGAAAGGGGGAAGAAGCUCUGAAGUCUCAUAUGAAUGUAUGCGUGAGGUUUAAUAGAAUUGGUAGGAGCUACCCCGCUUUGUACCAAGCUGAUGCCAUGAGGGAGAUCUUGAAAAAGAGCACAAUGGUGGAGGGGAGAGGAUUCAGGGCCAAGUCUCUCAGUCCCAGAGACAAGGCUAAUGUGAAGAAGGGCGGGAUUGCUAGAAGCUCAAGUUGCAUUCCGGCAAUUACAAGGGAGAAGAAUGACAGCACAGAAAUCAAUUGAUGAGUUUGGCAAGGCAAAAGCUGUCUACAUAUUGGGAGGGGGGAUAUAUUCUUCGUCUCUAUACUAUCAUUUCUCAUGUCUGUUGAUUACUCAACCCACCCCCCAUUGAAAUCUUAAUUUCUCCCUUUCUUUUUCUUUUUAGGGUGUUCUUGAAUCGCACAUCUCCUCUUCCCCCUUUGUUUUUGUUGGGUGGUUGAGGUUACACUUUCCUUUGAUCUCUAAACUAAUGAUCAACGUUUUAUCCCUUCUGGGAUUUUCUGCGUUGGUCCAGAUUUUCUCACCCUUGAUAUAGUUGAUAACCUCACCAUUGCAGUAUAUCCCUCCCCCCUUUCUCUGUACUCGUUAUAAUCUUCCCUCCCCCGCUUCCCUCCAAAGGGAAAGAAAAGUAAAGAAAGAACAGUAACCAGUUCUAAUUAAGUGUCAAUAUGGCAUUUUUGCAUAUUUGGUUAGUGUAACAAGGCUCUGUGCGGGGUGGGGUUGCCUCCCAAAUAUAUGUAAACCCUUUGAUGUACUAAGUGUGUAUUUAUGGAAUUAGUUUUGAAAAUUUAAUUUCUCCUGUGUUUGUAUCUUGAGUUCA